GGCUUUUGAUCAUCCAUCUUCCUCUUGAUUAUAUUCCAGAGGUUUUCAAUUUGCUAAAAUCAAAGAAACUCAUCAUUUUCAAAUGGGCUCUUAUUUUUUUUUUUUUUUUAGAGCUGUAUAACUAAGAACACUGAAUCUGAACAACACUGAGAAAUAGAUGUUAGAAAGCACUGAAACAUCACAUAUGUUGAUUCUGUGGUAUUAAAAGCAUGAUGUUUAUCAGUACAAAUGUUUUAAUGAAUGUUCUGAGCUGCACCGUGUUUAGAUCAGUGAUUAGUGUGUAAGAUCUGAACACUGAGACGCUUUUCUCCACAGUCGUUCCUCUCAAUAACCCAACAGCCUCCUGAAAUGCAGAGGAGCUCCGGCAUCCGGCGGGAGCUGAAGGAGCUGCUGCUGAGUGUGGAGAGAGGAAACAAAGCUGACCUUCACCUCUACACCUCCGGGCAUCUGGGGCCCCACAGCUUUAGUCCCCGACCGCUCCACAGCCGAGAACACAAACCCAUCUGGGAAAAGUCCAGAAACCCGCAGAAAGAAACCUCUCGCCUCCAGAAGAGCAGAGAAACUGAAGCAGACGUGGAGAAGAUGAUGCAGGCCUGGAGUAACUUCACCAUGGCCACCACGCCUCAGGACCCUGCAGAAGAUCUCAGCAGCUCAGAUGAGACCACAGGUGUGGGGACGUAUAAGAAGAAGAAGAAGAAGAAGAAGAAGAAGGAGGAGGAGGAUGUCAGAGAGACAGCAGAUCUAGACCUGAUCAGCCAUAAACGUCUGAACAUCAGAGAGACGGUGGAGAGACAUGAGCGUAAAAUCCAGCAGGGGCUGAGGAACGUUCCGGCCUGCAGGGGGCGGUGCAGAGAGCGUCUCAGCGUCUUCAGUGACGUGUUCAGUGACGUGUGUGACAGCUCACCUGCGCUCGGCAGCAUCCUCAGAGAAAUCAAGACAGAGUACGAUUUAUACCUGAACUCCAUCACGUCCUCACUGACCAGCCUUCAGGAUCUGUCUGUAGAGACAGCAGGAUUACAGGCAGCAGUUGAGCUGGUGUGUUUAUUAGAAGAGGAGGAGAGGAGAGCUCUGGAGGAGAAUGAAAGAGCUAGAACUGAGUAUAAUGAUGCCCAAGCUGAAGCCAAAGCCAUGAGCAUCCGACUGGAGAAAGGGAAGGAAAUCCCUACAUGUGUGAUUUCUGAGUCUGAGUCUGGAGGUUUAGGGCUCCCAGAUGUUGAGUUUGGAGUUUUUCCAGAUGAGAAACCAAGCAACACUCAGGCCUCCUCCAUGACUCAGGUAGAGGAGAAGAAACAGCAGGUGUGGAGGAUGUGGAGGGAAGUUCAGAGUCUGCAGAAAGAUCUCAGAGAAACCAUGGUGUCCACUGUUACUGCCAGCUCCCUUACAGGAUUCAUCAGAGAUACCAAGGCUGAAAUUAUGCAUCUUAUUGCCUGGAAUGAGCGAUUAAAAAGCACCAGCAAGGAUCUUGAACAAAACAUCUCAGAAUCUCUGAGCAGAGCGAACGUCAGUGAGGAGAUGGAAGAGAAGGUUUGGGAGAUGCUGUGGAACACAGUGGAUGGAGAUUAAAAACAUCUGAUCAAUAAAAUUUCUUAUCUUA